UUGAAUUGAAAAAGGAUAAAUUAUAUCAAGGGAUUCUGUUUUGGAGAUUCAUAUUAAUAUUAACUAUAUCAUAUCUCUAUGUCCGCCAUGACUUUAAUGAUGAGGAGUUCUCAUGUAUUCUCUUUGCUUCUCAUUCUUCUUCCUCUUCUCGCGUCAUGUUUUGCCGACCCGAAACAGGUCUAUACAGUGUACUUUGGACAUCAUAGUGGAGAAAAAACCUUUCAAGAAAUUGAAGAAAACCAUUAUUCUUAUCUUUCCUCUGUGAAAGAGACUGCAGAAGAUGCAAGAUCUUCUCUUAUUUAUAGUUACAAGCACAGCAUCAAUGGCUUUGCCGCACUGCUCACCCCGGACGAGGCCUCAAAACUAUCCCAGAUGGAGGAAGUAGUGUCUGUUCUUCGGAGCCACCCAAAGAAAUACUCUUUGCAUACUACGAGGUCAUGGGAAUUCGCAGGUUUGCGAAAAUGGACGAAGCCACACCACUUGAAGAAGGAAGAUUUAUUAAUGAAAUCAAAAUAUGGCAAUGAUAUUAUUGUUGGCAUGUUGGACAAUGGUAUAUGGCCGGAAUCUAGGAGUUUUAGCGACGAAGGGAUGGGAGAAAUUCCACCCAGGUGGAAAGGAACUUGCCAAUCUGGAGAUUCCUUCAACUCGUCUAACUGUAAUAAGAAGAUAAUUGGUGCACGAUACUACCUCAAGGGUUAUGAAGCAUACUACGGCCCUCUCAACCGAACAAUAGAUUACAAGUCCCCUCGUGACAAGGACAGACAUGGAACACACACAUCAUCGACUGUAGGAGGCCGGUUGGUUCACAAUGCUUCGGCCCUAGGCGGAUUCGCUGGGGGCACUGCUUCGGGAGGUGUCCCACUUGUUCGACUCGCUAUGUAUAAAGUCUGCUGGGCAGUUCCAGGAGUAGAGAAAGCAGAAGGCAACACAUGCUUCGAGGAAGAUAUGCUAGCAGCAAUGGAUGAUGCGAUUGCAGAUGGUGUUGAUGUGAUAAGCAUUUCCAUUGGUACAACCAAACCUAUUCCAUAUACUGAGGAUGGUAUCGCGGUUGGGGCUCUCCACGCAAUGAAGAAAAACAUCGUAGUGUCUUGCAGCGCGGGAAACUCAGGUCCUAAUGUGUCUACAUUGUCAAAUCCAGCUCCCUGGAUCAUCACAGUUGGUGCAAGCACUCUAGACAGGGCAUUUAUAUCUUCUGUUGAACUAGGAAAUGGAAUGAAACUUGGGGGACAAUCAAUAACUCCAUAUACUCUGGAGAAAAAGAUGUAUCCAUUAGUUUAUGCAGCGCAAGUUCUCAAUCCUCAUGUCCGGAAAAAUGAAUCCGGCCAAUGUUUACCUGGUUCGCUUUCUCCCGAGAAGUCUAAGGGAAAGAUUAUCUUCUGCAUGAGAGGCGUUGGAGCAAGAAUUGGAAAAGGUUUAGAGGUAAAAAGAGCAGGAGGAAUUGGUAUGAUCUUAGGAAAUAGUAAAGAAAAUGGAGAUGUAUUAGACCCUGAUUCUCAUUUUCUUCCUGCAACUGGUGUCACUCAUAUUAGUGCUGUCAGAAUUUUCAAGUACAUAUUCUCCACAAAAGAGCCGAUGGCUUAUAUAUUUCCGGGCACAACAGUCUUACACACCAAGCCAGCACCAACUAUGGCCAUCUUUACGAGUCGAGGCCCCAAUACAAUUUCACCCGAUAUUCUUAAGCCUGAUAUUACGGCUCCUGGAGUGUAUAUAUUAGCUGCAUGGAGUGAAGCAUCAUCACCAACAAAGUUAGACAGAGAUCAUCGAGUAGCUAAAUAUAAUCUUCUAUCAGGAACUUCUAUGUCAUGUCCACAUAUUGCUGCAUCAUGUGCACUUCUCAAGGCCAUACACCCCAAAUGGAGUAGUGCUGCAAUAAGAUCUGCCAUGAUAACCUCUGCGGAAUUGCGGAACAACGAAGGUAACCUCAUAACGGAUAUAGCCGGCAAUCCAGCAGAUCCGUUCCAAUUCGGAGCAGGACAUUUCCGGCCAACAAAAGCAGCCGAUCCAGGACUCGUCUAUGAUGCAUCAUAUACCGAUUAUCUUCUCUUUUUAUGCAGCAGUGGACUAAAGAAUCUCGACUCUUCCUUCAACUGUCCAGAAAAUCCGCCCCAUCCUCGAAACCUAAACUGUCCAUCCAUCGCUAUUCCAGGGCUAAGAGGCGCCGUAACGGUCCAGAGAACCGUCACUAAUGUUGGAAGCAGCAGGAGUGUGUACUUCGCUAGUAUUAAACCGCCGCCAGGAUUCAAGAUUGAGAUAUCGCCUCCCAUUUUGUUCUUUCACAGUGUGGGGCAGAAGAAGAAAUUCAGCAUUACUGUGAAAGAAGACAGUGAAAUGUUGGGAAGCAGGAAGAAGGGCGAGUAUGCAUUUGGAUGGUACAGCUGGUUUGAUGGAAUCCAUAAUGUUAGAAGUCCCAUUGCAAUUUCAGUAGCAUAGUUCUUUUUUUCUUUUUUCAUUAUUUUUUCCCCCUUCUUU